UUAAGAAAUAUUUAAACCGUUAUCAUUUUCCAAUCAUUCCUUUUUUGCUUCUCAUUUUUUUUAUAUUUCAUAAAAUAUUAAGAAAUAAAUUAAUUUUAAAUUUUAGUUUUUUAUAUUUUUUGGCUAUAUUUAAAAGCCAAAAAACAAAAAAGAAAGUUUUUUCAUCGAAUGCUACAAACCUGCUGUGCGAUUAGUCGCAAACAUUCCUCACAAGAGAGGAAAUCCUCACAACAAUCGUCAAUUUCUGCCGAUGAGCCUUCACCCACAGAAGACAAAAAUCUUGGACUUUUGGACUACUCAAAUUUAAAUCUUGAGCAAUUUCCAUUAGAAUUAAUUUCGACAGAAGAUCGUUCUCUUGAAGAACUUAAACAUUUAAUUUUGGAUGAAAAUCAGUUAGACGAGCAAGCAUUAGAAUCAUUACCAGAAUUACCUUCAUUGGAAACACUUUCAUUGAAUGGAAAUUGUAUAAAGAAUUGUGGUGUUCUUUUACAAAUUCUUUGCCGUAAAGCACCCCAUUUAAAGUGCCUUAGUCUUAUUGGAAAUCCUGGCUGGCCUCAUCCUAUUUUAGGUGGUGGUAGAAAUCUUGAACUUUACAAGAAAUAUGCUUUGUCAGCUGUGCAACUGUUGCCAACCUUGCAGUUUCUUGACACAGCCCGUGUGUAUUCUGGUGGACAAAAUAUUCCAAAUUCAACAAAUGCCGGAUUACCAUCUUCCAACCAUCGGAAGCUUUUGGUCCCAGCAGUUUGCCGUGUUGUUUGA